GGCCGCGCAGUGCGCAUGCUCCAAGCGCGGCGCCCCCGACUCGGCGCUCGGCUCCGUUCGGGCAUUUCCGCCUCUUUGUUUUAAACUCCGGACGGGUUUUUUUCUCCGGCUCUUGGGGGGGACCAGGAGGCAGCGGCGCCCCCUCCCAUCCUUUCGCUGCCCCCGCGUGCGCCCCGCUCGUCCGCAGCCGAGACGGCAGGCCUCAGGAUGUAGCGGGGGGUCCCCGGCCCCACGUCCAGAAAAUGGGAAGAGAGCACGGGACCAGAGGACGGCGCAGAGGUGAAGACGACUCAGCGUGCGGACCGGCGCGGCUGCCAGCGAGCGACAGCGCCCCGGCCGAAGCCUGAGCGCCGAUGCGGAGGCAGAGGGAGGGGCCGACAGCGUCUAGAGGAGAAGCCAAAGAUGUUGACCAGAAAGAUUAAACUCUGGGACAUAAACGCCCACAUCACCUGCCGCCUGUGCAGCGGGUACCUCAUCGACGCCACCACGGUGACCGAGUGUCUGCACACGUUCUGCCGCAGCUGCCUGGUCAAGUACCUGGAGGAGAACAACACCUGCCCCACGUGCCGGAUCGUCAUCCACCAGAGCCACCCGCUGCAGUACAUCGGCCAUGACAGGACCAUGCAGGACAUCGUUUACAAGCUGGUGCCGGGCCUGCAGGAAGCGGAAAUGAGGAAACAGAGGGAAUUCUACCACAAAUUGGGCAUGGAGGUGCCUGGAGACAUCAAGGGGGAGACUGGUUCUGCGAAACAGCACUCAGACCCCCACCGGAACGGUGAAACCAAAGCGGACGAGAGCUGCAACAAGGAGGCGGCCGAGGAGAAGCAGGAGGAGGACAAUGACUACCACCGGAGCGACGAGCAGGUGAGCAUCUGUCUGGAGUGCAACAGCAGCAAGCUGCGCGGCCUGAAGCGCAAGUGGAUCCGCUGCUCCGCCCAGGCCACCGUGCUGCACCUGAAGAAGUUCAUCGCCAAGAAACUCAACCUCUCGUCCUUCAACGAGCUGGACAUCUUAUGCAACGAGGAAAUCCUGGGCAAGGACCACACGCUCAAGUUCGUGGUCGUCACGAGAUGGAGAUUCAAGAAGGCGCCGCUCCUGCUGCACUACAGACCCAAGAUGGACCUGCUGUGACGCGCGGUGGGCGCGGGACUCCGCGCCCGCGGAGGGGCCUCGGGUCCGGGGACCGGGCUCUGAACAGAGUAUUUAUCACUUUUGUACGAGAGACUUCGCACUCAACGAGACACUACCAGCAGCACGGUGACCAGGCGUGACACCCUCACGGGCGCCCGCGCCGGCCCAGCCCGGCUGCGGCGGCCUCCCCCUGCGGCGUGCGGCCCUGCCUGCUCCAGGCCUCAGAAGCACCGCGUUUUGGUUUAGUCGAUGAAUUAGGUUUCAGGAUGAGCCUCAAAAAUACUUGUACGUGUGUCGAAUCCUCCCUAAGUUAUUGAAAAAAUAUCUUUUCACGGUGAAUGACGAUAUUUAUGUUGCCUUUAGCUUCCUGAAGGCUUAGAAGAUCUAUAAAAAAUUAAUUUAAAAG